GUUCAUCAGAACGAAUACAAAUCUUUGAAAACGAUACCUCUGGAGCGAUGUCCCUAACCCGCCGCAUUAACCUUGUGGUUGGCCUCUCAAAGUCUCUACAAUUCUCAAAUCGUCGUCACAUGUCCACCGGCGUGGCCUCAGCUACCGUGGCACGCUACCCGCUUGGAAAAGACCUCUCCUGGCUUCCCAGGAACCCGACGUCCGAGGAUGUAAACCGGGCGGCGGAUCUCGUAAAGGGGCGUCCGGUUUCUCUGCUAUACAGAGUCUUGACGAUGAUUGAGCUUUCAGAUGUCGACGGAGCCGUUGAGUUGGCUCGUCUCUGUGUCUUGAAAGACGAUAGUCGUCGCCACGACACCAUCCUCAUAUGCAACGCCGUCAUCGGGGCCAUGUGCCAAGCGAAACGUUUCGAACAAGGCAUCGGUCUGUUCCAUUACUUCUUCAACGAGAAUAACAUCGUCCCUAACAUCGCCUCGUUCAACUACGUGAUCAAAGCCUUUUGUGAGCUAGGCCGUGUCGACGACGCCCUUCAACUCUACCGUCACGCUGCUCGGUUCGGUCCCGACAAAGAGACAUUCAGUCUUUUGACUCAAGCCUUGGUCCACGCCUAUGGCUACGAGGAAGCUGGAAUAUUCGUGGGAUUAAGUAGAUGCUUAACUACGGCGGAUGAUUGGACGCCCAUGCUCAUUGAGAUUCGUGGGCGCUUGGAUCAGAUGAAUGCUGAAGAUGCUGAUGAUUACUUUCACACGAAUAGGCUGAAGUUCGAUGAUGAUGAUGAUGAUGGAGUUUUCAAAUCGAUUGCUACGAUAUUUGUGGAAUAUUGGCUCAAACAUGGCAAUGAAGAGAAAGCAAUGGAGUGCUAUAGCACUAUCCGUACUUGGGAAAGCUUGCCUGCCACCACCGGGAACACCCUUUUAAGGAUUUUGCUAGAAAAUUGCAAGAGAACUGAGGCUGGGGCCUUGAUCGAAGUAAAUGCUAAGGACUUGUACCACAACAUGUUGAAAAAACACAAACGUUUUGAUUCAGAGACCAUUAACAUAAUGGUGGACUACUGGUUCGAUAUUGGCGAGGUUAACAAGGCCAUGGAGACAUUCAACGAGUCACAACAGGGAAGAAAGAGGAUGGUUCGGUGUUAUUGUAACGUGGUCGCUAGGCUUUGCGAGCGUGGGAUGAUGUCGGAGGCUGAAGGUUUGUUUGAGGACAUGUGUUCAGACAAAGACUUGUCUCCUCCUGAUGUGUCUACAUUCAGAUCCAUGGUCAAUGGAUAUGUUCGCGCUGGAAGAGUUGAUGAUGCCAUCAAAACCUCGAACAAAUUAGCAAUUUUGAAACUGCGCAAGGUUUCUAUUUAUGAGGACUGAUGUUAAUUUACUUCCCUUAUUAAGAGUUACUACUUGUCGCUGUAUCGUUUUGCUUUUUACCUUGCUGUAGUUUGCGUUGACUAUUGCUCUCAUCAUGCUCAUUGCACCUUCGUGGUUGUCAAAAACCCAAGCUCAAGCCCUAGAGUUAAACAUUUACUUAAAAUAAUAAUAAUAAAAAAUAAUAACAUUUACUGAUCAGACGUUAAGAGGAAUGACCGUAGAUUUGUAACUUAUAAAGUUAUAAAACAUGUUUUUUUUUUCUUUAUAAAACAUGUUUUUACAUCAGUAUUGCCACAACAUUUACUCACCAAAGUGUUAGUAGUUUAGUAGUAGUGAUAAGAAUUUAGUUUUAUUGCCUUGGGUUCCAAUCGUUUUGGGGACGAAUGAUUAUUUUUUAAAUCUGAAUUUUAAAGUUUAAUUUCAGAUCUACGAGAAAAUAUAGAUUUAGAGCUAAGAAUUUUCCUGGUAAUAAAAAACAUUUACGGUCAUUUUAUAAUAGAAAGAAAAUAACAAACUUGUCAUAGUAGAUCUAUCUUUCCUUUUUUUUUCUUUUUUUUUCUGAUUUUCCUUUACAAUAGAGAGAAAAUAUAGAUGUUCUAUUUUUUUAUCAGUUAAUUUAAUAAAACUUCAUAUGCUCCUUAAAUCAAUGAACAAAUCACAAUAAAACCGUUAUUUUAGAGAAACGAAGACAAAAAAUAUGUUAAACCUCUCUAAACCUCUCUGACCAUAGUUGUAUAUUAGUUCAUGAUAUAAAUAUGCAUUAAAAAAAUAUAGUCAGAUUUUUUGAAUUUUUCUCAAAAUCUAUGUGUUAACCCCUACAAAAUAUUCAGUUUUUCGAUAAACGGUUAAUAUACUUAAGCUGAUAAUCUUUAGUUUUUUUUAAAAAAAAUUUCUAACCACAUUUUACAUUUGUAUUAAUGUAUUCUAAACUCUAUUACAUGUUACAUGGGCAUCGUCUAUUUUUUAUCAGUUAAUUUAGUAAAACUUCAUAUGCUCCCUAAAUCAGUGGAUAAAUCACAAUAAAAUUCCUAUUAUAGAGAAACGGAGACAACAAAAGUUCCAAAACUCUCUGACCAUAAUCAUAUGUUAGUUCUUGAUACAACUAUGCAUUAAAAAAAUAUUGUAAUAUUUUUUGAAUUUUUUUCUCAAAAUCUCUGUGUUAACCCUUACAAAAUAUUCAGUUUUUCGAUAAAUGGUUAAUAUACUGAAGCCUAUAAUAUUUAGCGUUGUUUUAAAAUUUCUAACCAAAUACUUUAUUUUUAUUAAUGUAUUAAUGUAUUCUACAUUCUCUUUCAAGGUACAUGGGCAUCAUUAUAUUUUUUUUAUCAGUUAAUUUAAUAUGACUUCAUAUGCUCCCAAAUCAAUGGACAAACCACAAUAAAAUCUCUAUUCUAGAGAAACGGAGACAACAAAGAUUCCAAACCUCUAUGACCAUCAUCAUAUGUUAGUUCAUAAUACAAAUAUGCAUUAAAAAUAUAGUGAAAUAUUUUUCGAAUUUUUCUCAAAAUCUAUGUGUUAACUCUUACAAAAUAUUCAGCUUUUCGAUAAAUAGUUAAUAUACUGAAGCCUAUAAUCUUUAGUGUUAUUUUAAACUUUCUAACCACAUUCUACAUUUAUAUUAAUGUAUUCUAAACUCUCUUUCAUGGUACAUGGACAUCACUAUAGUUUUUAAAGGUUCCAAAACUCUCUGACCAUAAUCAUAUGUUAAUUCUUGAUACAACU